CACUUUUAUUUUGAAGGCGGCACACCGGACGUCGCGCGCUCCGCCGGGCAGCCGUUAGCUCAGAUUUUCCUCGGCCGCUUCACUUCACUCGCUCUCUCCUCACAGACUGUCCGAGCCCAGCGACCGACCGACAGGCAUAACGCAAACAAUGGCAACGGAGCAGGAGCCUACACCAGAGCAGCUGGCGGCGAUCGCAGCGGCCAACGAGGAGAGCGAAGCCCAGGUCAACUACAAACCUCCCGCCCAGAAGAGCUUACAGGAGAUCCAGGAGCUGGACAAAGACGACGAGAGUCUGCGCAAGUACAAGGAGGCGCUGCUCGGCAGUGCUGCCGCGGUUGUCGCAGAUCCCACCGUCCCCAACGUCCAGGUGACGCGAAUGACUCUGCUAUGUGAGGCGGCGCCCGCCAACCUGGUCCUGGACCUGACGGGAGACCUGGAGGGCUUCAAGAAGAACCCGUUUGUGAUGAAGGAGGGCGUCGAAUACAAAAUAAAGAUCAACUUCAAGGUCAACAGGGACAUCGUGUCAGGCCUGAAGUACACUCAGCAGACAUUCAGGAAAUCAAUUAAGGUCGACAAGUCGGACUACAUGGUUGGCAGCUACGGGCCCAGAGAUACUGAAUACGAGUUCGUCACCAGCUUGGAGGAGUCGCCCAAAGGGAUGAUGGCCCGCGGCAACUACGUCGUCAAGUCCAAGUUCACAGACGACGACAAACACGAUCACCUCUCCUGGGAGUGGAGCCUCGUGAUCAAGAAAGACUGGAAAGACUGAUUCCUCCUCCUCGCCCUCCUCCCAUCAGCGUCUUCCUCUGCUUCUUCUUCUUCUUCCCCUGCCGUCAUUCUUCUUCUUUCUGUCUGGAUUAAGCGUUGAUUCAAGCUUUUGCUCUCUCCGUCCAUUGACACCCACUCUUACAGUUUUCCUUUUCUUACCCUGAAUAAACGUCAUUCCUCCCAUCGCUUCAUCGGUUCGCACCCGGCCUUCCGUUUAAGUAUUAAAUCUUAUAAAAUGGAGAAAGCAAACGAUGUGCACAAUCCAGAUUUUUGCAGUUUGUUUAUAAAAGAAAAAUAAGUUUAAAAAAAAAGACAAAUUUAACUAUGUAAUUCUUUCUGCCUUUUCUGCUUUCUUUUCAUCCCCCUUUUUUCUUUAUUUCUCUUUUGUACGACCACCGUGAUCUGCCUUUUUGAAAGCGUUGUACAGGAAGCAGUAGUGCUGUAUGUUCGUGGCCACUUGACGGUCAAUUGCUGGACGACUCUCGGGGCGAAGCAGCAGCAGCAGUCCUCCUAAAGCCUUUUUUCGAGCAGAUCAUUUGUACCUCUUUUGAAAAUGAUUCGUCAGCCUAAGACUUCUGCCGAGAGAACGGGGCAAACAAAAUUACCUCUAACCAGUUGCGACCCCUUAAACUUUAGGCGUGGCUGCUCCUCUCCUCUGAUCAGGGUCUUUUAGCAGCCAUGCGGCCUUAACAAGAAAGAAAGAGAGACAACCCAGUUGAGCCAUUUGCCUUCAGAUUAUCAUGUGAGCUCGUUUUAACAAUACAUGGGGCAUCAGGACUACUACAGGACUUUUUAACACCUUUAUUUCAGGUUUGUAAAAACCGUUUGUUGAUAUCGAUCAUAUUAUCUCUAUUUACACACCUUGUUUUUCACUGCAGUACGUAGAAUAGAAGUGAAAUCAGAUCAUGAUACAACUGUAAAUACAAGUCGAGGUCGCGCUGACGGAUUUCCCCGAGGCCGCGUUGUUGUCCGAGGAGUUCUCUAAGUUUGAGCCGCUCACCUCGUGAGUUUUAAAAAAAAUCACCAAUGCUGACUGUGCCUCGGUCUCUUACAACCACAUGCUGCUCCCACUGACUCGACAUCAGUGAGGUGAAACCAGUACAGAGACAUCAGUCCAACCCCCCCCUCAUAAAAACACAUUGUUGGGUAAACACAUCCUGCCAUAGAAAAGUGUUUGUUCUGUUAUUAUACACUCCAUAAGUAUGUGAAUGAAGUCAGCUUCGUUCAGCUGUCACGGGCUGAUGUUUCUCUCUCUGUGAGGCUGGGUUUGACUCAAUGUGUGCUACUUGUAUUACCUACAGUUUACUGAUCUCCUGUGUUCACAUUAAAGUGUUCAGACUGGG